CAAUUAUUAUGAAAUGUAGUACAGUCAACAGUAAAAGUGUUUGAAAAGGGCCAACUUUUGGGUGAAAAGAGAAAUGAGUGAACAUAAUGGAAUGGAUUUCAUACAAUUUUCAGUCUGCAUUUUUGUUCGACUAAAACUGAAUACUUUCAAUCCUAUCUUAAGUUUUUGGUAUCCGGUUUCGUUUCCAAGAAGUUCUGAUAUAAAAGAUGUACUAACUGACUCUUUUAGCGAAAAUGCCAAAGUUAACAAGACUUGACUAUCAACUGUUUUCUAAAUUUGUUACUAAUUAUUAACAUUUGCGAUUGUACGCUUAAUCACUCUUCCACCCAUUCAAGGAAAACGGAAGACAUCUAGUUACUUAGGUAUUUUGGGAAGUCGGUCAUAAAACAUGAGACAAGGUUUAAGUAUUCGCAAUGUUGAAAAUAGUCGUGUCUCGAACUCAAAUAUUGAACGUCUGUGGCGGAAUGUUAAACAAAUAUGCAAAUACUUUAAAAUUGGGUUUUGUUGAUAGCAAAUAUCGUUAUUAUUAGGUAAAUAAAUUUAAAUCAUCUUCAUGUAAUUAUGAGCAUAUUGUGUUUGUGUAUUUAUAAAGCCACCCUGAAUAUUAUAUUAUCUAGAACUUUAGAUUAAUGAUACAUGGACUCAGAGAGAAUAUUUUAUCAGUAGUACUUAGACAUUCAAUAUUGAUUUCCCGCAAACAGUAACACUAGACCACACUCUUGAUGCAUAUCAACAGGAUUAGAUGACGUCACAUGUUCGUGUGGGUGGAGAGUGAACUGUGUGACGCACAGACUUGUGAUAUAGGUCGAUAGUCACUGUUACGUAUCAGUCACCUGUAAUCAUACAAACGUUGUUGUAUGUGGAGCAGAUUCUGAAACAUCGGACAAGAAGCUGUUUUUGGAUGAAUGUGACUUGUAUGAGCACAAUUGUAAUGAUGAGAAAGAUGAAAAUUUCAAUUUCAGCGUUCAAAAUAGUAGAAAUGGCCCAAUGUGCUUCACAUAAGUCUAUAGAUAAGACUAAAUCCACAUUAUCAACAGAAAGUACAACAACAAGUUCCACUACUACACUCGAAAUAACCACUAAUUCACUAGAGACUACCACAUUAGAUGAUACUACACUUGAAACGGAUGAUACUACACCAGAUACUACUACACUAGAUGAUACUACACUAGAUACUACUACACUAGAUGAUACUACACUAGAUACUACUACACUAGAUGACACUACACUAGAGACAACUACGCUAAAGAUUACUACACUAGAUGAUACUACAUUAGAGACUACUAUACUAGAGGCUACUACAACUGAAACAACUACGCCAGUCACUAAUUCGACAGAAUCGACUACUAUAACAACAAAUACCACAUUUGAACAAACAAGUUUUCCCCCUGGUUAUUGUACUUGCGGACUAAAUAAAACCACUACUUCAUUAACAAGUUCUCCAUCAGCAACUACUACUCUGGAAAGUUCUACAGUGACUAAUACAUCAGAAACUACGGUGCGUCAAUCAACUGCAAUAACAAGUACUUCUGCCAAUCAAACAAGUCGUGUUCCGGGAUAUUGUACUUGCGGACAUACUUCAACGACUACGCCUAUAACAACAACAACUGCAACUCUACCAACAACGACUGAGUCAACAACAACCACUACUUCGUCCACAACAACAGAAUCAACAACGACUGAGUCAACAACAAUCACUACUUCAUCCACAACGACAGAAUCAACAAUGGCUGAGUUAACAACAACUACAAAUUCAUCAACAACGACUACAACUUCUUUAACAACAACUGAACCAUCCACCACAACUGAAUCAACUACUGAAACAACCAAAUCUACUGAUACAACUACACAAAAUGCAACGAGCACAGAAACUACUGAACAGGCAACUAUUAGUGAGUCAUCACCAUCAACAGUUGUUAAUGACACAUCAUCAGAAACUACCUCAUCUACAACACAAACAGUUAGUACCACUAGUGUAACAACAGAUCAACCAAUCAAACGAAAUUGUACAUUGUCAUCUUCAUAUCCUAAAGACUGCGAAAUACCUUCAACGUGGGAGACGACAUCUAUAGGAGAAACGAGGGACUACUUUCAGAUAAUGAAACAGAAAUAUGGAAGAAGAGCGAGAUGGCUGAAAGCUACGACGCAUUUUCCAAAACGUCGAAUGUUUAUGAUGAAAGAUAAAAGAAACAAAUUUAGGUUCGGACGACAUAAUGAGAGGCAGUCUAUUUAUAAACGGUUUUUAUGAUGAAAUAAGAGUAUAUUUACUUGAAACAGUUAAUGUAAUUUAUAAUUGAGGAAUAUAUGAAUUAUAUAUUUAUUUGUCUAAAA